UGUAUCUUCUCUUUUUGUAGAUGUCAAGGUCUUCAGCAUGAGGUGCUAACACUUAAGCAACAACUUGAAGACGUUCGUGGCAAAUCGUCAGCCCACGAGAGAACAAACUCAGACACUCAAGACAAGAUCGGCAUGAUGCUAUCCUCGCUCCGGGAAGAGAAUGACAAAACACGAGCAGCUCUUACAGAGAAGACAGGUGGUCUGAAUGAUGUCGCGAGUCGAUUAAGAGAAGAUUUAAGAAAUACUGAGAAUCGUAAAUCAACUGUUGAACUUGAGUUACGUCAUGUGUCUUCCGAACUCUCAGAGUCCCACCGUAGAGUGUCUGUGUUGGAAGCUUCAGUUGAAGUCGCAAACAGA